AUGGAUUCAUAUGAAAGGAAAAAAAAGGAGUUGUAUUUGAAGAGGAAAGAAUUAAAUAUAUAUUAUCAUCCUUUAAAGACUACCAAACUUUUUUUUUUAGAGCUAAAAAAUAUAAUUUUAAAUGUAUAUGAACAAAAUAAAAAAUAUAAUAAAAUAGGAUUAUUAGUUAUAUCAAUUAUAUUGUUAUUAUUAAAAAUCAGACAUAAAAAUGCGUAUCUAAACGAUUUAAUAAUAUAUAUAGAAGCUAUAAUAUGGUGGAUGGCACUUGGAAUAUUGAGUAGUGUUGGAUUGGGGUGCGGUAUGCAUUCAGGAGUAUUGUUUUUGUUUCCUCAUGUAUAUUUUAUUUGUUCUACUUCUGAAUAUUGCAAUUCAUUGAAUUUCGACUCGAGAAUAAACAUGUGGAAUUCCUUAUUGCCGACAGGAAAUUAUUUUGAGUGUUUAUCAAAGGGAGAUGGAAAUAUAACUUUAUUUAAAUUAUUUAUGAAAAUAUAUCCAUAUUGUUUUAUAUGGGGAGUCGGAACAGCUUUAGGAGAAUUGCCACCAUAUAUGACAUCAUUUUAUGCCUCAAAGGCAAAACUAUAUGACGAUGAUUAUGAAGAAUUUGAAAAAGAUAUAAAGGAAGGAAAACGAAAUAUUGUUACCGCUAUGAAAAAAUGGAUGAUUGAUUUUAUAAAAAAAUACGGAUCGAUUUCUGUUUUUCUCUUAUCUUGCUGGCCUAAUAUAAUGUUUGACCUCUGCGGAAUUUGCUGUGGUCACUUUUUGAUGCCAUUUAAAAAUUUUUUUAUCCCACUAGUUUUAGGAAAAGCUGUAGUUAAAACAAUUUUCCAGGCAUUUUUUUUAAUCUUUAUAUUUUCAAAUAAUUACAAAGGAAUGCAAUUAGCAAUUUUGAAAAAAAUGUUAUCAAUUUUACCGUUGCAUUAUCUUUUCCCAAAUUUGAAUAUGGCUAACAUUGAAAGCUUUAUAGACGAAAACAUUUCGAUUUUAAAACAUGGGAAAAAGACCCAAUCUAAAAUGAGUUUCAUGUUUUUAUUCAAUAUAUUCUUUUUUUUAGUAAUUAUAUUUUUUUUUAUUUCAUGUAUUAAUCAAAUAGCCCAAAAAUAUCAAAAGAAUCUUGAUGAAAAAGAAUUGAAAAAAUUAACUAAUAGCGAUGAUAUGCGUGAAAAGAAGAAAAAAAAAUAA